CGAUACAUACAUCGCGUAGAGUGUGAACUUGCAGGGCAUUUUUGUUUCGAAGUUGUCUUGUGGUGCAUCAGCAGUGAAAGUUUUAUGCAUUUUUCCCUGUUGUUUUUUUUUGCAUAUAUAUUUCUCGAUCGAUUCAUUGUCCAAAGUGUAGCUGCUGUAGUGGAUUUGAAGUAGUGUCACAUCAUCGAUAGUAGCCGGAAACGAUCGACAAUCUCCAGCAAUUGGAAGAAGGGCUUCACUUCGCUGUUCGUUGACUGCGCCGUGCCCAUUUGCGUUCGUCAUCGCAAUCACUGGCAAUAAUUAUCAUUAGCAAGCUGCUGCUGGUAGCGACUACAAAACAAGACUUCACAUACGGUAUUUUCAGUUCACCUGUAGGUUUCCUGUUUUGUUAGCGACGAAUUUGUGGAAGGAAAACUAUGCCUGUAUGGAACUUGUAAAAUAAUAUGCAAUGAUUUCGCACAGGGAAACCUCCCACAAUACCAACAUGACGUGUAAAAUUGAUUUCAGCGAGUGCCUGAAGGAUUCUCCAAAGUUCAGACUACGCCUUGAACAGGAAGAAAACGAAAUAGAUCACCUAGAGCAGAAGCUUGAAAAAGUAAUAAAAAUGUGCAGCCUUGCUGUCGACACUGGCAAAGAGUACAUCAGAAAUCAGAGCGCUUUCGCCACGUCACUAUGGGACCUCCAGAAACACUUCCAAGAGGACAAAUCUUCCACUAGUGCCCUGACCACACUGACCCACUGCCUCCAGCAGCUGAACAAAUGCCAUACCACUUUGCUAGAUCAAGCCAGCCGGACCGUAUUGAAGAAUUUGACCAGCUUUUUGAAGAAAGAUGUCAAAGAGGUCAAAGACUAUAAGCAAAUAUUCACCAAGGUGUCGGAAAACCUGGAUGCGGCUGUUUAUAAGAACGCACAGGUCAACAAAAAUCGCCCCGUAGACAUCGUCGAAGCGGAAAACCUGCUCUCUGCUACAAAGUCCUGCUACAAUCAUGCAGCCUUAGACUAUGUGAAUUAUAUUACAAUGCUGCAGAAUCGUAAGCGUCACGAAAUUCUCGCAACGAUCCUAAGCUACAUCCAAGCAUGUAGUACUUAUUUCCACCAGGGAUCAGACCUUUGCGAAGAUUACGGAUCGAUCUUUAAAAAUCUCGACGAAGAAAUAAGUAACAUGCGUGCAGACUAUAACGUACUCGAUAAGCAAAUGCAGAAUCGCCAUACUUGCGUCAAUGAACUGCUGGAGGAUGGAGAGCGAUCUCUUUCCUCCACCGGUGGUACACCGUCGAUCAUUUCGAACAGCUCCUCAUCAGCCGGUGAAGGCGGGGACCAACGAGCUUCCCAGCCGUACACUAAUCGACCUCUGAACCACAUGGAAGGCUAUCUAUUCAAACGUACGUCCAAUGCUUUCAAAACGUGGAACAGACGUUGGUUUUGCAUGCGCGACAAUCAGCUGUUCUACCGGAAACGCAUGGGUGAAGAGCUUCCCACAGUGAUGGAAGAAGAUCUGCGGCUGUGUACGGUGCGUUUGCUUUCCGACUCAGAUCGCCGAUUCUGCUUCGAGGUGAUUUCACCAACCAAAUCUCACAUCCUACAAGCGGAUUCGGAGAUAAUGUUGAAUGCAUGGUUCAAGGCGCUGCAAAAGGGAAUCGAUUCUGCUAUUCAGUAUCACAGUCCGUAUAGCAGCGAUAUGCGUGGUAUUGCCAGUCAAUCACCAACGAACGAAAGUGCCCCCGGUAGUCUGGGUGGUGCCGUUGGUUCGAGCGGGAAGACCGGCGAUCCCAGAAAAACUGUCAAGAAAAUCAAUUGGACCCAAAUACUACGCAUUCCCGGAAAUUCACGCUGUUGUGAUUGUGGCAACACGGAUCCCAAGUGGGCUUCGAUCAACCUCGGUAUCACCCUGUGUAUUGCCUGCUCCGGAGUGCAUCGAAGCUUGGGAGUCCAUUACAGCAAGGUCCGUUCUCUUACGCUGGACGUAUGGGAACCGGAAAUCCUCCGCGUCAUGAUAGAGCUUGGUAACGACGUAAUCAAUCGGAUCUACGAAGCUAAUACGGCCAAAGUUAACAGAUUUGAUCGCGCCACAGACAACUGUGAAAUAUCGGUUCGCGAAGCUUGGAUCAAAGCCAAAUACAUUGAUCGGAAGUUUGUGCUUCCGCUGGAUAGUACGGGAGGGUUGGGUCUUGAUCCUACUCCAACUAGUACGUCUUCAUCUACCUUGUCGUUCAAGAGCCUGGACAAUGAUAGUUCGAAAUAUCCGGAGAAAUGGAGUAUUAAAAAGCUUAGGCGCAGAAGUUAUAGAAAGCUUCUCAGGAAGAAGAAUAAAGAAGAAGUAGCUGAAGGAACAUCCAGUGGUGGAAAUACAGAUACUGACCCGGAUGCCGACGAAAAAGAUGUGAACCUAAACAUUCCAAAGAAAUUCAACGACAUUCUAUUAAUUGGGGAUAGCAUCAUUGAAAACGAUCAUAAUCUAACCGAUGAACAUCUGCUACUUCUCAACUCUGACCAAGAAUCUACUAGUGGAGAAGAAGAUAACGGAAUCAUGGAGUGCGAGGACUUCGAAAAGCUUAAUCCCAACUUCCUUCUGUACAAAGCAGCGAGUGGUCAUAAUUUGCCAGUGAUGUGCCAAGCGAUGGCCCUCGGGGCAGACAAGAACUGGACCAACCCGGGAGAACUCGAUCGAACCGCGUUGCAUGCCGCCAUACUUUCCGGUUCAGUUAUGUCCUGCGAAUUUCUCCUCAUCAACGGAUGCAACAUCAACACCACGGAUAGGAACGGGUACACCGCUCUUCAUCUUGCGGCUGAAAAUGGUUCUACAGCUCAGGCAUACCUACCCCUCAAACACAAGGCGAAGUACGAUAUUAAAGCUACGAAUCAGAAACUACCGAUCGACAUAGCGGUAGAGCGAACUGAUGCCGACAUAGUGACGCUUUUGAGGCUUGCUCAGCUAAACGAUGAAAUCGGACCUGGGGAGGAUGGUGGUACCUACCUGGGCGGAGAUUCAACCUACACCGACGUGAUGAAUGAUUUCUCCCACUUAACCAGCAACCAGCCCUAUCGGUUACAGAAGAAUCGAAACCCUGGCGGAGCGUCACCCGGAGAGCUUUGCCUGAGCUCAAUAGCGUCGUCCUCUUUUUCAAGUGCUUCCACAAUUGUUGCAUCGGAAGUUGUGGGUCCUGUGACCGAUUUGGACGAGCAAAAGGACGCAAAAUAGGUUGGUUUUCUAGGUAAGAGGCAAAGCCGUUUUAGAACAACAGUUGGAAGAUUUGUACUUAUAGUAUGUUAUAUCAGUAGUGUAAAACACGUUUCUGUAACAAAUUACGAAUCAUGUUACGCAUACAGACAACGAACAGUGGGGUCAAAUAGUGUUUAGGCCGAUGAUAUGAUCGUAUUUUAAAUAUAUUUCAAAACAUUGAAUGUACAACACGUGAUAUAUUGAAACAUUCCCCACACUAAAUAUUUUUCAGGCUUUUUUAUAUUAUGAUCAUUGGGUUUGUCUAAGAGAAAAGCGACUUCCAUAAGUCAUAGUGCUUCAUACUUUUUUACCGCCACAUGCGUGGACGCGGCUUUGAAAAUAAUCUUUUUCAUUAAAUGUACCUACUUGUGCAUUGACUCAAAACUGUAUUGAUCAGGGAAAGAACGAAGAAUUUAAUCACUACCUAUUGUUUAUAGAUCACAUAAAUUUUCAAACUUGAACAAAUCCGAUUUGUU